AUGGCGUCCCAUGAUGGAGCAAUGAAUAGCGCAGAGGACAUGGACAAAGAGGAAGGACACAACGGAGGUAGUGGCGGAGGAGAUGGCGGAGCGCAGCCACUGACCGAUAAUCUCAACGCCCUCCCCCCCGCUGCACCAAUUGCCCGGCUUGUGUCCAAUACUGCAACACCUGCGAACGCUCCACUCAAUCUAUCCUACUCCGGUCGUCUCUACCGCUUUGCUGAAAGCCACACUGGAGAGCGCCAGGAUAACGUCAAGAGAAUGAUUGAACAAGAACGAAACUUCGGUUCCGACAGAAAACCUGACGAUUGGGACCAGGUCAAGGGCACGGAAACCAACAUGGUCAAGCGCGGCAUGAGCUUCUUGAACGCGAACGAGACUUUGGACCAGCUAGUUAGCCGCCUUCGCGAGGACCCCAACACCGAAAACAAGAUGUUCAGCAUUAUCAUCGAUGUCAUCAUGUAUAAUGCUAGUAAAGGGCCUGGGGCUCGCGCGGACUUCGAACAGCGCAUUCUGGAUAUGAUGCUCUACGACAUGACUGCGCUGUCCUUCAGAUACUUCUGCUCUCUUACUAUGCUCGAGGAACUGAUCAUGGCCCUCGUCAAAUUCUUCGAAGGUGAAGUCAUUCGGAAGCCAAGCAGGAAAGGGUGGACUUGUCGACACAUGAGAUCUAUUGUGCUGUUGUGGGGCACUCCUGACCAUAUGAAAGCAUUUUCUUCCCCCUGGGAUGCUUGGGCUUGGAAGGUUGAUAUGGAUGUCCAGACCGGGCGUGACUAG